GUGUUAACUAUCCUAUCAUGACAGCUUGUAUGACAGUGAGCCUGUAGGGUCUUUCGUCAGGCAGGUUGGAAGGCCUGUACGUGUUUAAAUGGAACCAUCAAGGGAGGAUGAUGAACUCAUAAGAAAAACUCGACCACGUGUGGUAAUGGCACCGGCACUCUCUCUUGACGAUGCUGCUGAAGUACUUGGAAAGAAUGAAUUAGAUCUACUACUUGCAUACACUUACAACUCCACUUGGGGUAAAGAUUCAAAGGAAGCUGCUCGUUGUAUUCCCAAGAAACCUGUAUUAAAUACGACAUAUGAGACUAAUGCAGAUCAAGUUCGUUACCAACCAGAAAAAACUGAUACUGUUGAGUGUCCUCCAUAUAAAGCAUUGCAGGUAAAGGUUCCAACAGAAAAACCUGACGAGUACACAGUUUCAUCUGUUAUGCCACAUACCCCCUCUUCAUGAAGACAUUACCUCAGUAAUGGCUGCAUGAAGUAGCACCAAGACUGCCACAUCCAUACUACUACUAUUGCUGCUACUGCUACUACUACUACUACUACUACUACUAUAUAAAUAAUAACAAAUGUGAAUUCAAAUAAAACUGUGCCAAAACAUGAA